UGCCUACAAGACAAACUUGGUUUAUCCAAGACAGAGAACGAACAAGACAGCUUUUAUUACAAAAGAAAAUCUAAGAACACAGGCCCACUCAAGAAAGAAAGAUGAAACUUCAAAUUAUCUGCAUGCUCUUCAUUUUACUUAGUGCUGCUACCAGAAACCUCUGUGCAUUCUCAAUUCAGAGAGAUGUCCAGAAAGACUCGGCCAGUUUGGAUACCUACAAAACAGAAACCACUGGACUGCAGGCAUGGCUAUCAAGACGCAAGCGCCACGUCAGCCACUUUGCUCUCUGCAGAUAUUGCUGGGACUGUUGUGGAAACAAGGGUUAUGGCUACUGCUGUUUGACAUGAAGAGGACAAAGGUCUUGAUGGAUGGCAACUCUGCUGUGGAGCUGCCCAUCUCCUUGUAGCAUUGACCCUUCCAAUCUCCUCACAUUGGCCUCCAGGUCUCAUGACACAUUCUUCUUAUUUAUUAGUUUGACAAUAUUUGGGUGUUUUUACUUGCUUGAUGUUCUUGUCAGUUCUUGCGAAUUAAACAUAUUUUUAUCUCACA